AUUCGCCGGCAAUUCAUUCCAUUUCUUGUGAGUGAUCGGAUAUAAGGUCGAAGAAGAAAGUUUAGUAAGCACUCCAGAUUGAAUCGCGGGACGGAUCGUGUGCGGAAAGCAUUUGUGUGAGAUUUUUAACUGGCAAUAAAGUAUUAAUUAAGAAAUAAAUAAAGCUGUGAAUUGUUAUCUCUGAAAUUGUAAUCACUAUGUCGAAAAUUAUGAUGCGCUUACCAAAAGCUUUGCAAGAAGGCGACGAAAUAACGAUAUCGGGACAUCUGGUGGAUGGUGCUAAUGAAUUAUCUAUCGAUUUCACAGCCGAUGCCGAUGUCGAGGAUCCUGAAGAUAUAAUUUACCACUUUAAAGUGCACCAAAGUAAAAUCAGUCAAAACACGAAAGUUUCAGGUGAAUGGUUACCUGGCGAAACUGAAGCAAACACUUUUAUUUUAGAGGAGAAGAAUUUAACACUAACUUUCAAAUUUAUCAGCGAUGAGGUCUUCGUUUACAGUGGUGACGAAGGUCGUAAUUUCGAAUGUCAGUUCCGGUUGAACGAACCAAUGGCACACAUUGGUGCUGUUCAUGUGAGCGGAGAUGUGAAGAGAAUAAGCCAAGUGACUUUCCGAUAUGCAUAAGAUUGAUAUCUUCAUCUCUUCUUAAAAUAAGUUCCAAUAAUUUUAAACAAAUCUUUGCUGAGAAAUGAAGAAAGAACUUUAAUUUGGCGUAUUUAUCAAAAUGUUUUGAAUAGUUCAAGGUACCUGAAUGGUAUGUUUACGCGGCUUUAACAAAUUAUAAAUUUGAAAAUACAUUACUAUGUAUGUGGACAGUAUUGUAUGUUUAGGAAACUACAGUUAUAAGAAAAUGCUUUUGGUUUUAUAUCAUAAUUUAUAUAUUGUUAUAAUUCUAUUGAAACUUAAAAUAUUUAAUAAAGUUUUUUUUUAUGAAAUGGACAGCAAAAAA